ACAUUUGAGUUUGGCAGUUCUUACGAGGGUAGUUUCGGGAAUGUAAAAAAAUACAACGGGCGUUUUGGCAAGUCUGGCGGAAAAAUGGGUGAAUGCCUCAAAAAGCCGCUCGCUCGCUUGCUCGCUUGUUGCUAAUGGGCGGCAACUCUGUGUGUUUCCCUCUCUCUCUCUCUCUGCAGUCAGCCCUCAACUUGGCUGAUUCUCUCUCUUCUGUAACUUUUUAAUUUCAGUCUCACUUCUCUGCUUUUUCCAUUGUUCUUCUCGUUUUCUCUGUUUUUGUUCAAGUUUUGUUUCAAACGAGAGCGCCUAGCUUGGGAUUUUUCUUCUUUCUUUUGACGUUUUGGUUAUUUUACCGUAACCCCAUUUGGGAUUUUUGCAUAUUGGAAGUUUGCGAAGUGGGUUUUGUGAGUAAUGGAAGCUCCAAAACCAGAGGAGAUUAGCCAUCCACCGAUGGAUCAACUUCAGGGCUUGGAGUAUUGUAUUGAUUCUAACCCAUCUUGGGGGGAAGCCAUAGCUUUGGGGUUUCAGCACUACAUUCUGGCGUUGGGUACUGCUGUGAUGAUCCCUUCUUUUCUUGUUCCUUUAAUGGGCGGCGAUGAUGGCGACAAAGUGAGAGUGGUGCAGACUCUGCUUUUCGUUGAAGGGAUCAAUACGCUUUUACAAACGCUGUUUGGAACAAGAUUGCCGACUGUUAUCGGCGGUUCUUAUGCCUUUAUGGUUCCGAUCAUUUCCAUCAUUCAUGACUCCUCUUUAGCAAGAAUCGAGGACCCCCAUUUGAGAUUUCUAAGCACAAUGAAAGCAGUUCAAGGAGCUCUAAUUGUGUCAUCAAGCAUACAGAUUAUCUUGGGAUAUAGUCAGUUGUGGGCUAUUUGUUCCAGGUUCUUCAGUCCUCUUGGAAUGGUUCCUGUGAUAGCACUUGUAGGCUUUGGUUUGUUUGACAGAGGCUUCCCAGUGGUUGGAAGAUGCGUGGAAAUUGGCAUUCCUAUGCUUAUACUCUUCAUAGCCUUCUCACAGUAUCUCAAAGGCUUUCAUACUAGGCAACUUCCGAUACUCGAACGCUUCGCGCUUCUUAUAUCUGUCACGGUGAUAUGGGCAUAUGCACAUCUCUUGACAGCCAGUGGUGCAUACAAACAUCGCCCAGAAUUAACUCAAAUCAAUUGUAGAACUGAUAGGGCUAACCUCAUUUCUUCUGCUCCAUGGAUUAAGAUUCCAUACCCUCUUCAAUGGGGUGCUCCAACUUUUGAUGCUGGCCAUGCGUUUGGGAUGAUGGCUGCAGUCAUGGUAUCUUUGAUUGAGUCGACCGCAGCGUUUAAGGCAGCGUCACGCUUAGCAAGCGCAACCCCGCCUCCAGCUCAUGUUCUGAGUCGAGGCAUCGGUUGGCAGGGAAUUGGGAUUCUUCUGAGUGGUCUGUUUGGAACACUUUCUGGAUCAACCGUGUCGGUAGAAAACGUUGGGCUGCUUGGAAGUACUCGUGUCGGUAGCCGAAGGGUUAUCCAGAUUUCAGCUGGAUUCAUGAUAUUCUUCUCAAUUCUAGGGAAAUUUGGUGCAUUGUUUGCUUCAAUACCCUUCACCAUAUUUGCAGCUGUGUACUGUGUCUUGUUUGGUCUUGUUGCCUCCGUGGGGUUAUCAUUUCUGCAAUUCACAAACAUGAAUUCAAUGAGGAAUCUGUUCAUAACUGGUGUGGCAUUGUUCUUGGGUUUAUCUGUGCCUGAUUACUUUAGGGAGUACACUGCAAAGGCUUUCCAUGGUCCUGCUCACACCAACGCUGGAUGGUUCAACGACUUCCUAAACACCAUCUUCUUCUCCCCGCCAUCAGUAGCUCUCAUUGUUGCAGUGUUCUUGGAUAACACACUUGACUACAAAGACAGUGCUAGAGAUAGGGGAAUGCCAUGGUGGGUUAAGUUCAGGACAUUCAAGGGAGAUGCCAGGAAUGAAGAGUUCUAUACUCUUCCUUUUAAUCUAAACCGCUUCUUCCCUCCAUCUUGAAGAAGGAUGAUACACAGGAAAGAACAACGUUUGCUUGCUUGCUGCACCAGCAGAGAGAGAUGGCAAACAAAAUGAGUAUCAGGCUGAGAAGAUUCAUGAAUGGAGAGGGUGUAAAGAAAGAACUAAGACAUGUCAAUGGCAGAGCAUGAGCGGCGGCAUGGCAUCCUUGUCUUCCCAGUUUUGAGUGGUAAGUAAUAAAGCCACAACUUAGUCUUGGAAGGAGAGAUCUGUAUUGUCUGUUGGUUUUUUUUUUAAUCAGUGAAAUUUUUGUAGUUUAUAGAUUUGUUUGUUCUUUGAAAAGAGAGGGGUAGAAAACCAGGAGAGAAUGAUGUUUUGAUGCAUCUGAUAUUAUUACUUCACUCACCCAUCCAACAUAUUGUGUACGUGAAACAUUCACAAACUAGCUCCUUUCUCACGAACGAACGAACGAGUUAAAUGGGUAAUGAUUGUGAAGUUGUAACGGCUCAA